AUGGUGAAGGAAACGAGGUCUGAUUUGAACCCAUUGUUCGCGCAGAAGCAUAACUAUCAUCAUGUCUUCCUGAAGUUGGCAGUGUCGUGUCUCUUGGUGGGUCUCGCUAUUCGCCUCCUCUUCACUGAUUCCUUCAGUUUGUCCUCUGUUCUGCGCAAUCCUCCCCCUCUUGCAAAUGCAAUACCAAACUCACCCUUUUUUUCUUCUCUGCCAUCUUAUUCUGUUGAUUUCCCGGUAAACCAGACCCAAUCCUCUGCCCAAGAUGCAGUGGAGUGCGAUCUCUUUGUGGGAGAUUGGGUGCCGGACCUAAAUGGUCCAAUGUAUACUAAUGAGAGCUGCCGUGUGAUUGAAGAUCAUCAAAACUGCAUGAGAAAUGGAAGGCCUGAUUCGGGGUACCUUUAUUGGAGGUGGAACCCAAGGGGUUGUGAUUUACCCAAGUUCAGUCCAAAAAAAUUCCUUCACAUGAUGAGGGAUAAAUCAUGGGCCUUUAUUGGUGAUUCCAUCUCUCGCAACCAUGUGCAAUCUCUACUUUGCCUUCUCUCACAGGUGGAAGCAGCUGAUGAGGUGUACCAUGAUGAGGGAUAUAAAUCAAAGAUAUGGAAGUUCACCUCCUACAACUUCACCCUCUCAGUAAUAUGGUCCCCAUUCCUUAUGAAAGCAGAUAUAUUCGAGGACAUAAAUGGAGUUUCUUCUUCAGAAACGCAUCUACAUCUUGACAUCUUGGACGACAAGUGGACCAACCAAUAUAAGAAUUUUGACUAUGUUGCAAUCGCAGGUGGCAAAUGGUUCCUGAAGACAGCAAUAUACCAUGAAAACAACACUGUAACAAGCUGCCACAAGUGCCAUGGAAAGAAUUUAACAGAGGUAGGAUACCAACAUGCAUACCGCAAAGCAUUGCAGCAAGUUUUUUAUUUCAUGACACAGUCAGAGCACAAAACGGUUGUGUUCUUCAGAACCACCACACCAGACCACUUUGAGAAUGGGGAGUGGUUCAGCGGAGGGUACUGCAAUACGACAGGACCCUUCAAAGAGGAGCAGAUAGAAGUGAGGUACGAGGAUUCCAUCAUGAGAAGCAUUGAACUUGAAGAGUUUCACAAGGCCAAGAAUGCAAGUGCCAACUUCAAACUUUUGGACACAACUGGACUCUCAUUGUUGAGGCCCGAUGGGCAUCCAGGCCCAUACCGCCAGUUCCACCCUUUGCUCAAUGCUAAGGUCCAGAAUGAUUGCCUGCAUUGGUGUCUCCCAGGCCCAAUUGACUCCUGGAACGACAUACUUUUGCAAAUGUUGGCAAUCUGA